AUGCCUUUUAUCCUUGCAAUUACUAUUUGGUGUGAGAAAGUGCAUCCAUGCAUGAAGUAUGACACCCUCUAACAUACACACAUAUGCACAAACACAGAACACCAUAGUCACCACUUAAUUCCAGGAAAACUGAAGGUGAAAAUUUGCAACAGCAUAGUGUAUUGCACAAAAGCAAAAACUUGAAUAUAAAUUCAAAUCAUAUAACCAAUUCUAAUUUCUUUGACUACAGUUAUUCUGUGUCAGAAACCUAUUAUGUGUCAAAUAUUUAGUUACAAUCCAAAAUCAGACCUGUAUCAAGUGACCAUAUUUGCCUAAUCUGUUUAAGGUUGGACAUCUGAGUUCUUAUCCAGCUGCGCUCAGCAAAACUCUUUUUUUAAUUUAUAGCUGAAAUUACGUUAAAACAAUUUUCAACUAAAAACGAAUGUUACUUUUUUCUGGGAACAGUAUAUCUAACUGGAAAUAAAUCUGAUAGGCUUUUCAGUAUAAAAUUGAUAAAAUCUCUGACUGCACAAGACUUUGAGAGAUAUAUGGAUUUUGGUUGCAUCUGACUAAAAAACUAUCUGAACUGCCCAAUAUAUUAAACAUAUAUUUUCUAAUCAUAAAAAAAGAUACCAGUUUUAUCAUAAAGUAGAGAUAUUUUGUCAUAUAAAAUGACCAAAAUAAGUGUGAUUGAUGUUAUGUGAAGGGUUUUAAAAUGUUUUUGAAUACGCAAGUUCCGAGAUAGUAACUCUCCUGUGAUGAAGACGCAAAACGUCGCGUAACUAACCGGAAGGUGGCACACGUAUCCAUAACAAACAACAAAGUUAACGAUUGCGGCGGAAUUAAACAGAAUGCUAAAACCAGCUUUACGCUCAUUUUUAAUGGAAAGAGGAAUGACGGUAUCGGAUUAUAGUGUUCAACAGCUGAGAGAACUUGCUUUUAAAGCUGUUGAACUGGAUUUACCGGUAAUUUCAACACCAGAUGACACAGACUCGUUUCUUCAAUUUAGGAGUACUGUUGUAUUAAAUGGAGAAAAAGUAACUUUUCCGACUGUCUUUCAGUGUGAGCAGAAGGGGUGGACAGAUGAUUUAAAGAGUGUCCCAGUAUUUUCUAUGGCAGACGUUUUUGCCUAUCUUGUUUCGUUUGCUAAAUGGACACCAUCACGAUUGAGAACUUACAAGAAUGAGAGAGGAUUCCGACUUUCAAAGUCAAAUCAUAUUUCUUCUGCUGAAAUCUUCAAGUUACCACAUGAACACUUUUAUAUAAAAGCUAGUUGCAUCAGAGAAACAUCACAGAAAGCUGACUCCUACAUGACUUGGUGUUUGGUUAAUUCUGAAGGUGUGUGCAUAUCAGCAGGAUGUCAUUGCACAGCGGAUGAUGGAGGAUGUAAGCAUGUUGUGGCACUGCUAUUUUGCCUAGCAAACUGGUCUGACAGACAUAUUGAUAGAAACACAGAGACAUGUACAGAUACCAAAUGUGGUUGGGAUAUUCCAAGAAAGGUAUCUGUUCCUAUGAAACUGGAUAGUAUAGAACAUUCAGUAAAUUCCAGGGUACAGCCAUUUGAACAUGUGUAUUACCCAAUAAACCAUGAUGACAACAUGGCUGAUGUAGAAUUUGAAGCAGGUCUCCACAACUUAAUUCAAGGUCAUGACACCCAGAUUAUUGAAGUGCUUGAUAAAUCUGAAGACAGUUUAACCAUGCCUAAAUCUAUCAUUGAAUCAGCAGAAGACUUCUUGGAAAAUUCUUCUUUUUUGGAAUACCUCAAAUCAAAAGUGAACCAGGAUGACUGUGAUCAAAUUUAUUCUUUAACAGAAGGUCAGUCUGAUAAUCAGAAUUGGUAUGAGUACAGGCUAGGUAGGAUUACUUCAUCAAUCAUUCCUCUUGUGUAUCACUAUCAGGGUAAUGAUAAAAACAAUUACAUUGUCAGACAGAUAUUGGACAAAAACAACAAUUUUUCAACUCCUGCAAUGAUUUAUGGGAAAGAAAGGGAGCAUCUUGCAAGAGACUUAUACAGCAAGGAAUAUACUUCUCAACAUGAAAAGGCUGUAGUUGAACUAUCAGGACUGAUAAUAAACAAAGAUAUUCCACAUCUAGGAGCUUCUCCAGAUGCUAUUGUUAACUGUAAAUGUUGUGGGAAAGGCAUUGUAGAAAUUAAGUGUCCAUACACAUUCAAAAAUCUAACAUUAGAUGAAAUCAGUGAAAAAAAAUAUCAUCUUACCAAAACCUCUGAUGGUGUCAUUGAAUUAAAGAAAACUUCAAAUUGGUAUAUACAGAUUCAAUCUCAAAUGGCAAUUUCUAAUUUACAAUGGUGUGACUUUGUACUUUAUCUUGAAGGAAGUAUUAAAACAGAAAAGCACAAAUUACAUGUUGAGAGAAUUACAUUUGAUCCCCAGUUGUGGACUAGUUUAUUGGACAAAGUUAACUUGUUUUACAGUAAAUAUGUUGUCCCUAAAUUAAUCUAGGAUUAAUGAUCACAUAUCUUAGCAUGCUGAGCAUAUAAUAUACUGAUAAUAGAUUAUUUCAUUAAUGUUCAGUGAACUGUGUUAUUAGUUCAAUUACAGAAACAGUCAAUGUGCAUGUAAAAUUUGUAAUUGUGACUACUCUAAUAAUAUAUGGGUCUUUUAAAAUUAAUGUUUUUAUAUUACUGUUUUAUUGAUGUUGAAAAUCAUA